AUGUCCACCUUCGGACACUACUUCCGGGUUACUACCGCUGGCGAGUCCCACGGCAAAUCCGUCUCUUGCAUCGUCGACAACUGCCCACCGGGCCUUGAACUCGUCAGACGACAUCCAGCCUCAGCUAAACCGCCGCACAGAAUUUGGCCGCUCGGCACCCCGAUCCUUCUGACGGUCCCCAACGAAGACCAGCGACCCAAGGACUAUGGAAACAAGACCAUCGACCUCUACCCGCGCCCCAGCCACGCCGACUGGACCUACCUGGAGAAGUACGGCACCAUCUGCCGCGUGGCCGCCGGCGCCGCAGCACAGAAGUUGCUGAGGGACAUGUACGGCGUGGAAACUGUCGCCUUUGUCACGUCGGUUGGCAAUAUCAAGCUCUUCGGCGAUACGGACGCCAUGAGCGCCGACCCCACGUUCCCCAGCUUAGCCAACACAAUCACCCGCGACAAGGUCGACGAGUUCCUGCCGGUGCGGUGCCCGGACGCCGAAGCCUUAAAGCGCAUGGAGGCCCGCGUCGCCGAGCUGCGCGACCAAAACGACAGCACCGGCGGCACGGUAACGUACACCCCCUCCGGCCUCGGCGAGCCGGCCUUUAACAAGCUCGAGGCCCUCAUCGGCCACGCUAUGCUCUCUAUCCCCGCUGUCAAGGGCUUCGAGAUCGGCUCCGGCUUCCUCGGCGCCGAAAUAAACAGUAGCAGGCACAACGACCCCUUCAUCCCCGCGCCCGCCCUUGACGCCGCCGCCCACAAGACGGGCAUCCCCAGGUCUCGCCUGCACACAAAGACCAACAACUCAGGCGGCAUCUAG